UUACAGAUUUGGCCACAUGGUGACUACCCUCUCAUCCCUGUGGGAAAGCUCGUCUUGAACAGGAAUCCUGUCAACUACUUUGCAGAGGUGGAACAGAUGGCAUAUGAUCCCAGCAACAUGCCUCCUGGUAUUGAACCUAGCCCUGAUAAAAUGCUGCAGGGUCGCCUGUUCUCAUAUCCUGACACUCACAGACACCGCCUGGGACCCAACUACCUCCAGAUCCCAGUGAACUGCCCCUUCAGGGCCCGUGUGGCCAACUACCAGAGGGAUGGACCCAUGUGUAUUUCUGACAACCAAGGUGGUGCCCCGAACUAUUAUCCAAACAGCUUCACUGGCCCAGAAGAUCAGCCCCUGUUCAAGGAGAGCCGCGUGAGCGUGUCAGGAGACGUGCAGCGCUUCAACAGUGCCAACGAAGACAAUGUGACCCAGGUGCGUGAGUUCUACAUCAAGGUGCUGAAGGAAGAUGAACGCCAAAGGCUGUGUAAAAACAUUGCUGAUCAUCUCAAAGAUGCACAGCUCUUCAUUCAGAAGAGAGCUGUGAAAAACUUCACUGAUGUUCAUCCUGACUAUGGUGCCCGUAUUCAGGCGUUGCUGGACAAGUACAAUGCUGAAAGUGGGAAGAAGGAUGUGAUUAGGACAUACACACAGUCCACAUCUAUGUCUGCCAAAGAAAGAUCCAACUUGUAGAACACGCUGCGGAGAUUUACUCUGGGAAUUUUGCAUCCUUACAACUGCAGGAAACCUGUUGAAGAUUGGAAAGAAUGUAACAGACUUCUGCACAAAUACCAGAAGUAUUUUACAGGCUUGAUGUGUUAGGCUUUCAAGUGCCUGUAUCUGUAUUGGAAACUAGGUAACACAAGCUAACAAUCCUAGUGCCUUUCAACACUAGUGCUUUACUGCUUGUUAACAGCAAAUGGUGUUUUCAAGGAAAUUCACGAUUAACAGUUUUCUUCAGUUCUAGAAGCAAACAUAAAUUCAAUCAAAAUGCUGCUUCAUUUUGGAACUGUAAAACUUUCCUGGCUAAAUGACACAGAAGAACUUCUGUAAUGAUACUGUGAUUAUCCCUAUGGAUGAAUUUGUUCAUGUUAAAAAUUUGAUGUUGCCCAGUAUUUCUAAUAAAAUAGUUAUCUGUAUGUGUUUG